CUCGCCACAUCUCUACCCCGUCUAUCUUUUUCUAUGCAUAGCCGGGCUAUUUCCUGUCGCUUUAUACCUAGGCUAUCGUCCUUUUACACGAAUCGAGCUACGUCGCGCCAAAACUCUCCGACCGCACUCUUCAACCCUACGAGGUCGUUCGCAAACACCGCUCGAUCAUUACAGCGUUGGGAGACCCCAAGCCUCGAAACACUACCGUUGCAAUGGAUAAUAAACAAGGGGGAGGCGGCGGACAGAGAGAUGCUAGUGGAAAGCGUAAAGCUAGAGAUAUGGGCCGAAAGGAGUGGAGUCGGCUCCACACAGACAAGCGCGCGCGCAACGAUAAACAGGCAGAGAAGAAUCGGCGCAAGAUAGAGAAUGGGGAGGAGGUCAAGGCCCCUGUCUAUGCGACGCAUUUCUCCCAGGAGGAUAUCGAUCAGGAGCAGAGACGGCCGAAGAAGAAGGUUGCUGUGCUGUUGGGGUAUUCGGGGACGGGGUAUAAAGGGAUGCAGUUGAGUGAAACUGAGAAGACGAUCGAGGGAGAGCUCUUCACUGCGUUUGUGGCGGCUGGUGCUAUCUCUAAGGCGAAUGCGGCGGACCCGAAGAAGUCGUCGCUGGUGCGGUGUGCGCGUACGGACAAGGGUGUCCACGCUGCGGGCAACAUUGUCUCCUUGAAGUUGAUCGUUGAGGACGAGGACAUUGUUCAAAAGAUCAACGACAAGCUCAGCGCGCAGAUUCGGGUCUGGGACAUUCUCCCCACCAGCAAGUCCUUCAGCAGCUACCAGUUGUGCGACUCCCGUGUAUACGAAUACCUGAUUCCGAGCCAUUGCUUCCUGCCGCCUCAUCCCAGCACGUACCUAGGGAAGAAGAUCGCCGAGGUUGCCGAGAAGGAAGGGGACUUUGAGGCGUAUCGCGCUAGACAGGAGGAGGUUGCUGGCUUCUGGGACGAAGUCGAUGAGAAGCACGUCAAACCGAUCUUGGAGGGUGUUCCGGAGGACAUUCGCGCACUCGUCGAGAAGGCACUGUACUUUGACGAAGACAAGGGCCCCAAGAAUGAGGAUGAACAGCAGACGGAGGGGGCAGAAAACAAAGACGAGGCGGCUCAAGCUACCUCUGAAACAGCCCCGGCUGAUGCUGCCUCCGAAGCGGACGAAGCCCUCAGACGCCAGAUCAUUGACGUCGUGAAACAGGUCAAGGCUGUUUAUAUCACCGCGAAACGGGCGUACCGCAUUCCCGAGUCCCGUCGGGCUCGGAUCCAGGCGGCACUUGAUCAGUACGUUGGGACGAAGAACUUCUGGAACUUCACUAUUCAAAAGAUGUUCAAGGACCCCUCUGCCAAGCGCUUCAUCAAGUCCUUCAAGAUGCACCCCGAGCCUAUCAUCAUCAACGGCACCGAGUGGCUCAGCCUCAAGGUGCACGGCCAAAGCUUCAUGAUGCACCAGAUCCGCAAGAUGGUCGCCAUGGCGGCGAUGGUGGUACGAUGCGGCAGUGAUCCUUCGCGCAUCGCGGAAACGUACGGCCCCACAAAGAUCGCCAUCCCCAAGGCGCCUGGACUGGGCCUGUUGCUGGAGCGCCCGGUUUUCGAAAUGUACAACAAGCGGCAAGAUACGAUCGGUAACGGCAAGCAAAGCAUCGACUUUGACCGAUAUAACAAAGAGAUCGACGAAUUCAAGCAACGCGAGAUCUACGAUCGGAUAUUCCGCGAGGAAGAGCAGCUCAACGCCUUCUCCUCCUUCUUCAACCACAUCGACCAUUUCCCGCAAGAAGAGUUCCUGUACGUCACGUCCGGUGGUAUUGGCGCUGCCCGUCCUGUCCUGGCGCCCGGUGCUGCACCGCAGGCCCCGAAGCUGACAGACCGCAAGUCCCAGCGAGAAGCGCUGGCUGAGGUAGAGGAGGAGUCAGAAGACGAGACACUUCCUAACAACGGGGAGGAAGGCGGGUGA